CUGCUGCCCGUGAUCCCUCUAGCCCUGCACCCUCGGCGGCACAACUGGUGCUGCUACCCGGGCAACCCCGGCGGCACUGUGCCAGCUGCGGCCGAAGUGGCGGCCGGGCAGGGGGCGAGACUGCAGAUCAGCAGAUAGUCCCACCAGCCCCGGCGACCGGGGGUGCCCGCCGAGUCCUUCCUGGGCGCCGCGCCCUCCGGCCGCCGCCGCCUGCCUGCAGGUGGCGAUAAAUACCUCCGGCACCACCCGCCCCGGUACCCCCGUUCCCAGGCAGCCCUGGCGUGUUUAUUGCCCCCCGCCUCAGGCGACAGUGCCUGGCUACGGAAAGUGUCUCCCCGCUUCACUCUCCCCGCACAAGCUCCGGCGCCUGUCCCAAAGGGAAGCCCAGAGCCCCCGCUGACCGGGGCGGAGCUGAGGGGAGGAGAUUUGAAGGGGGCGGGGGUAGGGCUAAGUCGUGGUGGGUUCCUCUGCCGUGUCCCCGCAGCGGGGAAGGGGCGGUGGGAAGUGACGGACACCUGCAUCCUCCCUCCCAGUCCACCGGCGGCGCCGGGGGACGAUGGCAACCCAGCGAGACCCCCCCACUGAAGGGCGGGAUGGAGGGGGGGACGGAAGGGGAGGGGAAGGAGGGAGGCAGAACGCGAGGGGAGAGCGGAGAGGCAGAGCAGGAAGGAGCGGUGCGGGCGAGCGGCGGAGCAAGGGGCAGCAGCUCGGCGAGCGGUGGCUGGAGGGCCGCCCCCGCCGCCUGGGGCUGCACGCUGGGCAGAGGCGGUGAGAAUGGGCGGGCGCGGGGCGGCUCCGCCAGCCGCCGUCCUCCGCGCCUCGGCCGCCUCCUGCCGCGCUAUAUAGGGGAGGGAGGGGUGACGGACGGGGGGGCUGCCCGGCGUGGCCAAAGCGCACGGGGCGGCGAUGCCUCCUGCCAGGGGAGCGCACAAGUGACCGGCGCCUCUUCCAUGCCCAUCUCUUGAAGCGACCCCCCCGCCCGGCAUGGAUGUGGCCAACAACACUACCUCCCCAGAGCGCUCCCCCGAGGGGGCAGGCGGCCCCGGCCUCGCAGAGGUGACCCUGGGCUACCAGCUGCUCACCUCCCUGCUCCUGGGCACACUCAUCCUGUGCGCCGUGAGCGGCAACGCCUGCGUGAUCGCGGCCAUCGCCCUGGAGCGCUCCCUGCAAACCGUAGCCAACUAUCUCAUCGGCUCGCUGGCUGUCACCGACCUCAUGGUGUCCGUGCUGGUGCUGCCCAUGGCCGCCCUGUACCAGGUUCUGAACAAGUGGACUCUGGGGCAGGUCACCUGCGACAUUUUCAUAUCGCUGGACGUGCUGUGCUGCACCUCUUCUAUCCUGCACCUGUGCGCCAUCGCCUUGGACAGGUACUGGGCCAUCACGGACCCCAUCGACUAUGUCAACAAGCGGACUCCCCGGAGGGCAGCCGUGCUCAUCAGUCUGACCUGGCUCAUCGGCUUCUUGAUAUCCAUCCCGCCCAUGCUGGGCUGGAGGACGCCCGAGGACCGCUCGGACCCCGACGCGUGCACCAUCAGCAAGGACCACGGGUACACCAUCUACUCCACUUUCGGCGCCUUCUACAUCCCUCUCCUCCUCAUGCUGGUGCUCUACGGCCGCAUCUUCAAGGCGGCCCGCUUCAGGAUCCGCAAGACCGUCAAGAAGGCGGAGAAGAAGAAAAUCGCCGACACCUGCCUCACCCUCUCCCCGUCCGCCCUGCAGAAGAAAACCAACGGGGAGUCUGGCAAGGGUUGGCGGCGAACUGUGGAGCACAAGCCCGGCGUCUGUGUCAACGGCGCGGUUCGGCAGGGUGAGGACGGGGCCGCUCUGGAAAUCAUCGAGGUCCAGCGCUGCAACAGCUCCUCCAAGACUCACCUGCCGCUCCCCAGCGAGGCGUGCGGCUCCCCGCCGCCCCCCUCCUUCGAGAAGCGCAACGAGAAGAACACGGAAGCCAAGCGGAGGAUGGCUCUGUCACGGGAGAGGAAGACUGUCAAGACCCUGGGCAUCAUUAUGGGCACCUUCAUCCUCUGCUGGCUGCCCUUCUUCAUCGUGGCGCUGGUCCUGCCCUUUUGUGACAGUAAGUGCUACAUGCCCAAGUGGCUGGAGGCAGUCAUCAACUGGCUGGGCUACUCCAACUCCCUCCUCAAUCCCAUCAUCUAUGCCUAUUUCAACAAAGACUUCCAAAGUGCUUUUAAGAAAAUUAUCAAGUGCAAAUUUUGCAGGCAGUGAAGCCCGCCGCUCCGGGACGGGGCAGCGGAGGCUCCUGCCUCUCGCUCCGUCUGUCAGGUCCCCGCACCAGUGUACCCCCCGUCCAGCCCCUCUACAGCAUCGGCAUAAGGGCGGGUGGGCUCCGGCUUCACCCCCCCCCCCCUCCACCCUCGAGCUCCUCUCUCCUCCGCCAGUCGGACAAGCCCCGCGGGGCACGGCAAGGCAGGGCUUCGCCAGGGCCGGCGGGGGGAUGCCCGGGCCAGGAGGGCUCGGCGGCCGCCCGCGCCUCGCCGGGGCUCCGCUGCCGGGCGCCGGCGCUCCCACCUCCCUUCCUCCCUUCCAUCAUUCUGGGUAGACUUAGGGUUUGCAGGUCGUUGCUUGUGGUCGCUGUAAACCACAGUGUCUGCCCGAAGUAGCAUCGGUAAAAAUAAACCACCCUAUGCAGAAAACCGCCGUACUGGGGAUUCUUCUUGGAUUUAUGACGAGACGGCGCGGGACUCAGAGUCCGACCUCGGUCUAGCAGUGUGAGUAUGGAGGCUGAAGACUACUCCCCGAGCGGAGGAAGGCGUUUUGGGCUCGUCGCUUCCCGGGCUGUGAAACCACCAAGUGGAUUUUCUUGGGGGAAAAGCGACCGUGUUUUGUAACCUUGCAAGGCCGCUUGAAAGUUUAUUCGGAGACGUUGCGGCUGCUUCGGAGGCAGCCAGCUGCAGCACAUUUUGCUUGGGGAAAAAAAAAAUAAAGAAAACAAACAACAACAACAAAACGAACCAAGCCGAUCAACCAAAACACUGCCCAUGUGCUCCGUGGCAGCAGGGGAGGGGCCGAGAGCAUCCGCCGGCGGCAGCCGCAGGUGGCGAAAACGGCAUCUCGGCGCACGCUGGGAAGGGGCCGGCUCUCUCCUCCCCCAGGCCAGCUUCGCCGGGGAUGCGCACGACCCUCAUCACAAGCUGUGAGCUAGGGGCAGAAGCAGUCAGUGUCCCUGCAGUACCAAGAGCAGGGAGAGCCAAGCCUGGCCUGGUUGUACUCCGCGGCGGCUCCGCAAGUCUCCUCCCUCAGGGGAUUCCCCCUCUCCCGUUAAUCCCAGCUGCUUGGCCCCAGGAAACCGGGGGUGCUUCCCCGCCUGGCCCAGGGCUGGAGCAGGACAACCUUGCCCGCCCCACAGCCCCUCUGCCCGCCCUGCCACCCUGCCCUUUUCCUUCGUGCCGCCGGCUGCGGCCGGGACGUGGGCCCUCUCUCGGGCUGGGGGGGGAUGGCGCCAGAUGGGGUAAUGGGACUGGGCCGGCUACCGCGUACGUCUGCAACGGGCUGCCUGAAAUUAAUGCUUGACCAAAUAUAUAUAUAUAUAUAUAUAUUUUUCCUGUUUAUUUUUGUGCAAUCUGUUUCCUGUAGGUAAAAGGGAAUGUUAUCUCUGUGCGUCACGUGAAGUGUCCAGUCCUUUCUGAACUUCAACCGCUUACAUUAAAUGACAAUAGUGCUUUUAACAGCCUCAGAUAUAUAGCUGAUUUUCUGAAAAUCUUACUUGACCUCAUUUUCGCAAUUAAAGUGACCUUUGAUCUUA